CUCCCGUUACUCCUCACCAAAUACACACAGAGCCGCGGAUGAUAGACAAGAGACGGGCUUCCCGGAGUCUGCGCGGCUAAAAAUACACAGGCACCCAUUUCACUUACUAGUCUUUAGGAAAUAAUUUUUUGCGUGGAGACAGACAGCGAGGGACUAACACACGUGUGUGCACCGGCGGGCAGCAGCGCUCCCGGUGAAGUUUAUAGACUGAGAGUCUCCUCUCUCCUGCGGAUUAAUCGGAUUCAAAAUCACUGCGAGUCUGUGGAAGGCGAAGCGUCGCGGUUUUGUUCCAAAGAAGUGCAGGUUUAAAUGCAGACUGUCUCCACAGGCAUGUGCUAUGCCACUGGAUAACCAAGAGGACAGCAGCCUCCCGAACAUUAUAUGUCUGACAGAUGUGUUUUUGCAGUGCAGUGUGGGAUGGCCCUCGUCUUGACCCUGCUUCAGUCCCUCAUCCUGGGUGUUCUGGGGGUCCACAGCAGUUACCCUCGCUUCUCCUCCAAUGACUCGGUCUUCCAGCACCUGGCAUUGCACCCUGACCCCAGCAUAGGAAUGGUCUACGUGGGGGCCCGGGACCAUCUGUUCCAGCUCGCUGGCCUUGAUGGCCUCCGUCUUGAAGUGGAUGAGAGAACCGGCCCCGUGAGAGACAGCAAGGACUGUCUGCCUCCAGUUACCCUGGAGAACUGCCCUCAGGCUGGGCUCGUUAACAAUCACAACAAGCUACUGUUAGUGGAUCCAUAUUCCCUCCAGCUCAUCACCUGUGGCAGCGUACACCAGGGCACUUGCCAGAAACGCAGCCUAGCCAAUGUGAACAAAGUCCUCUUCUCUGCCGAGAGACCUGUUGAUACGCAAUAUGUGGCGGCUAACGACCCUACGGCGUCAACGGUUGGGCUCGUGGUGCGACCGCAAGACAAAGAUCCUGUCCUUUAUGUGGGGCGAGGCUACACCAGCAGUCACCCGCCAGUCUCCACUCGCCAACUUUCGACAGAGCCGGUGUUCUCCUAUGAGGAAACCGCUAAGCUCGCUGUAGCCGGGCGCCUCUCAGAGUACGAUCACAAUUUUGUCGCAACCUUUGCGCGACGCAAUCACGUCUACUUUUUGUUCUAUAGACGCGACCUGAAAGCUGCAUCGAGGGAAUAUCGUACGUAUGUGGCACGGGUGUGUUUGGAUGAUCAAGCGUAUUACUCCUACGUUGAGGUACCGCUAAUGUGUCACUCGGGCUCAACAGGAAGGAACUACAAUUUCCUCCAGGGGGCGCAGGUGGGCGGUGAGGAAUCUGGAGGCUCGCAGGUUUUGAUGGGAGUCUUUUCUACGGCGGUUAGUGCUGCUAAUGGACCCGGUGAGGAAUCUGCAUUGUGUGUGUACUCUCUGGAUGAAGUGGACAGCGGUAUUGAUGCUACACGAGAUCUGUGCUACACACAAUACGGAGUGAAAGAUGGCUACAAGGUGGCAUACAUUGAGUAUGACGUUAAAUCCAACUGUGCCAACCUGCCUACGAACACCCUGAAUGCUUAUCCCUGUGGCUCGGACCACACCCCGAGUCCAAUGGCGAGCCGGGAGCCGGUUGAAGCUAAAGCCGUAUUGGACAGCCCAGCCGCCCGUCUCACUGCUGUCGCCGUCAGUGUAAAGGAGGGGCACACUAUUGUUUUCUUGGGUGACUCCAAAGGCAAUUUGCAUAAGGUGUUCCUGGGUAACUCAGGAGAGGUGAAGAAGUACUCCACCCUUCUCAUCCAACCUGGUUUGGCCAUCAACAGUGACUUACUGCUGGAUUCCACCCAUAGACACGUCUACAUCAUGACCAGCCAUUCUGUGGAGAAGAGGCCUGUGGCAGAGUGUGACAAGCACACUGAUUGCACUUCCUGUCUGGCAGUGAAGGACCCAUACUGCGGUUGGUGUGUUCUUGACGGCCGGUGUGGGAUGCGUUCAGACUGUCGGCUGGGCUCGGUCGAAGGUCACUGGCUGUGGAGUUUUGAUGAGCAGCAGCGGUGCUUGAGAGUGGAGUCACUGAGCCAAUAUAACGCCAGCCUUGGAGAACAGAAACAGAUUGCUGUGGGUGUCCCGGGUUUGCCCAGUCUGUCAGAGGGUGACAUGUACUCGUGUUUCUUUGAAGACACUGAAACAACUGCUUCGGUCCAGAGCACCACAGUCACCUGUGCCACUCGUGAGGCCCACAGACUUCCACCGGUGCCACAGGGAGAGGAUUGUGUGUCCGUCACGCUGUCCCUGCGCUUUCGGACGGUCACCAUAGCUCUCGCAGACUUCACCUUCUAUGACUGCUCUGUGGUGCAGCAGCUCUCUGGCACCAGGCCGUGUAGGGGCUGUGUGAACAGCCGCUGGAAAUGUAACUGGUGCAUCCACCAGCAUGUGUGCACUCACCGGUCCAUGUGUGACCGUGGUGCCAUCAUCUACAACCAGCAUUUUUCGCUCCCCACGUCUGCUCCUCAAACAAUAAAAGACUUUGACGCGCACACGUACACCACCUCCAUACCCACGACAACAACAACCCUCUCGACCACUGAGGUUGCCAUAACGACCGAAGCCUUUGUUAUGACUACCCCUUCAAUGACCCCGCCCACUACUCCAGAGCCCACCACCACACCUCUGGAAACCACAACCCCACUCGACCCUCCACCCACCACUCCCAACCACGCUACAACCUCCUCUACGCACCCAUCCAGCGCCACUACAGAGUCAACCGAUACCAUCACAGAGGCCACCACCCUCUCCAAAAAUGCCUCUUGGGUGGAGGAGAGCAUCCAGGUAGGUUUGCUGUCAACGCCGACCCCGCAAUCAUACGAAGAACUGGUGGGACCUUCGUCACGUGAAGAGGCCGCUGAAGUGACGCUGCCCGCGUUGAGAGCUGGGGAAGUGGUGACGAUGGGGCCGUUGAUUGAAGCGCUGCCCUCAUCCUCCUCUGAAGUGGUCACCCUCUCGCAGGCGGAGAUGGAUAUAGAUGCUCUUAUAGACACGGGCAUCCCUGUGUCGUCAGCCAGCGCCCCCUCUGGCGAUGGUGAGGCAGGGCCUGAUUCAUCCGAUUUCCCCCUCGCUCCAGACACAGACUACCAGUCUGAUUCGGCUGACCUUUUCCUCCUGGAAGAGGAGAGUUUGCUCGUGAGCAGAGGUUCUCAUGCCUGUCCGUGUGUGGAGGACAUCCAGGGAAGCUCCCUCCUACCUGUCAAUGUCGAGAGGAAGAUCACUCUGCUGGGACGCAACUUACACCUCUAUCAGGACAAAGAUCUGGAUUACCAGUGUGUGUUGGUGAUUGAGGGCCGAUCGGUGGUGGUGGACGCUUUUGUGGAAGUGGACGACACUCAGCCAUCUCUGUUCUUUAUUACCUGUCAGCUACACCAGUACUCUUACUUGGCUGCCGUGGAGGAAUACAGGAGCAUGAUCUCAGUCAGGAGGAGGGACUCUUUCCAGAUGGAUUACCCAGAAGACCUGCAUGUUCGGCUGUAUAACUGCUCCGUGGGCCGGGCCGACUGCAGUCGCUGUCACACGGCCGAUCAGCAGUACGAGUGUGUGUGGUGUGAAGGGUCUCGCUCCAGCUGCGUCUACAGGAGCUCCUGCACCGAACACGUCCAGCAGACCUGUCCUGCUCCUCACAUACACACGAUUGAGCCUCUUUCUGGUCCAGUGGACGGCGGCACAGUGCUCACAGUGUCUGGCUCUAAUCUGGGUCAGAGAGCUGAAGACAUCCAGCACUCGGUGACUGUAGCCGGAGUCCCCUGCAUGGUCAUCCCUGACAGAUACGAGGUGUCCUCCAGUAUUGUUUGUGAGACCACAGCGAGUGCAGGGGAGCAGAGCGGCCACAUCUCGGUGCAGGUUAAAGGCGGAGGAAUCGGGCAAUCUGCCCAGCGCUUCCGUUACCAGGACCCAGUGUUAUUGGGAGUGUCUCCACUGAAAGGCCCAAUGUCAGGAGGCACAUCACUCACCAUCACGGGACAGAACCUUCUGACAGGCCGUUCCAAUGAGAUCAGCAUCCUGAUUGGUGGAGUCCCAUGUUACAUGUCUCCUGAGCAGUACAACAAUGAAGGUGUUGAGUGUGUGACUGGAGGGAGUAACAGAACCGGAGAGAGCGGCGUUACAGUGCGCUUUGGUAGAGCUGAGCGCCACCUACAGGAAGUCCUCUAUCAAUACACCCCAGACCCCAACGUAACCCAUGCUGCUCCCUCCAAAAGCUUCAUCAGCGGGGGUCGUAUCAUUCGAGUGUCUGGCCUGCAUCUGGACGUGGUACCGGAGCCUCGUAUCCACGUGACCCUGACGCCUCUGGAGCCGCACUCACAGAAGAGGAGGAGGAGGAGCAGUGUGGAUUACAGUCUUCUCAGAAGAGCUCGGCGGAUCAUCCCAGAGCCCAACUGUCCUGAAGAUAGUCUCUGUGUCGUCAAACAGGUAGAGUUCACACAAGUGGAGGAGCGGUGCACCGUGAACAGCUCAACUCUGAUCCUGUGUCCCACUCCGGAGGUGGGGCCCGAGGCCCUGCGUGCUGCUGUCAGUGUGCAUUUCCUCCUGGAUAACCUCUGUACCAUGGUGAGGAUGGGGAAUCUGAACUUUUCUCUGGGACGGGUGCAGUAUGAUUCUCAGGGCCCGACUGCGUUCCCUCUGGAGGCCCAGGUGGGAGUCGGGGUGGGAGCCUCCAUCGUGGCUCUUAUUGUGCUGGUUAUCGUACUCAUAUACAGGAGGAAAAGCAAGCAAGCACUAAGAGACUAUAAGAAAGUCCAGAUCCAACUGGAGAAUUUGGAGACGAGUGUCCGAGACCGCUGUAAAAAGGAGUUCACAGAUCUGAUGACUGAGAUGAUGGAUGUGUCCAGUGAUCUCAUGGGCUCUGGGAUUCCAGUCCUGGAUUAUCGUAAAUACUCCGAAAGGAUUUUCUUCCCUGGUCACCGUGAUUCUCCUCUGAGACGGGACCUUGACGUUCCCGCCUGUCGCCGGGCCACAGUGGAGCAAGGCUUGGUUCAGCUCUCUAACCUGCUGAACAGCAAACUGUUCCUCACCAAGUUCAUCCACACUCUGGAAGCCCAGCGGACCUUCUCUCCGAGGGACAGGGCGUAUGUGGCCUCCCUCCUCACGGUGGCGCUGCACGGCAAACUGGAAUAUUUCACAGACAUCCUAAAGACUCUGCUUAGUCACCUGGUGGAGCAGUACACCACUAAAAACCCCAAACUCAUGCUGCGCAGGACCGAGUCUGUGGUGGAGAAGCUGUUGACUAACUGGAUGUCCAUAUGUCUUUACACCUUCCUCAGGGACACAGCAGGUGAGGCGUUCUACAUGCUGUUCAGAGCCAUAAAGCACCAGGUGGAUAAAGGUCCAGUAGAUGCUGUUUCAGGCAAAGCCAAAUACACACUCAACGACAACCGACUGCUGCGGGAAGACGUGGAGUACCGCAUACUGACUCUGAAUGUUCUGGUGAGCAGCGGAGGUGCUGGUGAGUCUCAGACGGUCCCCGCUAAAGUGCUGGAUUGUGAUACAAUCACACAGGUGAAGGAGAAGAUUGUGGAGCAGACACUGAAGGGCACGUCAUACUCCCAGAGACCCUCUGCAGACUCUGUGCAUCUGGAGACCCCGAUGUUGGAGGAUGGAGACGAAGGAGGAGUGAAGCAGUGGCACCUGGUGAAGGCCGGUGAGGAGGCGGAGCUACCCAAACACAGACGGGGCAGUCUGAGAGACAAAGAGCGUGAGAGAGCCAAGGCCAUCCCAGAGAUCUACCUCACACGCCUGCUGUCUGUGAAGGGUACACUGCAGAAGUUCGUAGAUGAUCUGUUCACUGUGAUUCUGAGCACCAGUCGGCCGGUUCCUCUGGCUGUCAAAUAUUUCUUUGAUCUGUUGGACGACCAGGCUGCACAGCACAACAUUAUGGUGGAGAGAUAUUAUUCAGAUAUAAGACAGACCAUCCCUGUCAGUGACCAAGAGAUGAACUCCUCUCUAGCUGAACUCUCUAGGAACUACUCUAAUGAAGUUAAUCAUCUAGUGGCGUUGCAUGAGUUGUACAAGUAUAUCAACAAAUACUAUGAUCAGAUCAUCACAGCUUUAGAGGAGGACUCCACUGCUCAAAAGAUGCAGCUGGGCUACAGACUACAACAGAUCGCUGCAGCUGUGGAGAAUAAAGUCACUGACCUUUGACCUGUAACCUCGGACAGACGCUUGAAAAGACUGUAAAAGAGACCAAGCCAGUGACAGAAAGAGACCAGAGACCUUUCCAGAAGGCAUGAACUCUUACUUCCUGAAGACUCCAGAGCACAGAGGAUAUUUGAGACGGACGGUUACGAUUAAAGACAGCAUUCACAGAUUCAAAAAGCGUGAAUCUCUCAUAGAUCUGUAGAGCUGCUCUCGGUUUCAUCUGCACAGCCGUCACUCGCUAACACGCUACAGUGCUGUAAAACUACUGUUGUUGGCGGGGCAUUUCUGAGGGAUGCGCUAAUCCUACAGGGUUUUUGGCAUUGUGACUUGAGGCCCCAAGCUCAGAAUGUUGUUUUCAGCGUGUCAAGCAUGCUUGAGCACCACCUUUCCUGUAUUUAAAAAAAAAAGUCUUACUGUUUGUCGGAUUCUUGGAAAACCGCAUUUGGUGUGAUGUGCUUUAUGUUGCAGCCCGUGUCUUAAUAACAAAGAAUUCAAAAGGAAAAAAAACAAAGGAUGGCUUCUAAGGAUAACUAAAUGAAUUUUCUUGCUCAACACUCCCUUUUGUUGAGUGUUCUCUUGUAAACUGUUUUUAUCCAGAUUUUUUUUGUUUUAAAUGAAAACACUGGUUUAAGGGAACUCUACCUAACAGGGCCAUUUGAGAUGUCUUCAUGUGUCACAUGCAUGGAUACUCACCGUGAAUUCAGAGAUUUUAGGUUGGCACAUGCAUGUUGCGUGUGCAUUUUAUUGUCGAUUCUGAUUAUGUAAAUGGUAGGUUAACUCGAUUAACACACUUGAUUUAGGUGGAUAGGUUUCAUGUAACGUUCACAAUGCUCAGUUGUACAUUUGUUCAUACUCAUUAAGGUUUGUUUCUUCAGUGUUAAAGUGUGCUUUUCAAUGUUUUUGGUUGGCUUUCAGAAAAAAAAAAAAAUUGUGGCUGUCCCAAAUGUGUGUAUAUCUGCGAUACAUCCCUGCACAUUUGGCCGAAAUAGUUAUGCCAGAAGUAUUUAAUUUAUGCUGGGUUUUUUUUUGUGUGUGUGUGAUCAUGACCAUCCUUUCAAAUGUUUCAAUAACUAUUUUCACAGUUGUUUUUGUUUGUUUGUUUUUUUGCAAAUUUAUUCUCCAGCUGUCACACUCUUAAUUCUUGAUUUGUUUCUGUGAUCGGAUCAUGGCUAACAUAAGUGUUUUUUUGUUUUUUUUUAUUCUUACAGUUUCUGAACACUGAAUGCACAUUAUAUUGUGAGCUGCCGUAUAUUGUCGUACUGUGCAUUGCUUGCACGUUUUACGUUCUUAUUGAUUUUUAUGUAUUUAUUUAUUUAUUUUGUGUUCGAUUAAUGUACAGACCAAAU